GUCCCUCCUCUAUCUGUCUUCCUUUCCCCCUUCCUCCUUCUGUCUCUCCUAUUGCCACUGAAGGAGUGUGAGGGGGAGGUGGCUUAAGGAAGAAGUCAAGAAACGCACCCCCCAACUCCCCUUACGUCACUAGCCGAGCCUAUAAAGUGAGGAGCCAGAGCUGGCGCCAGAGAGAGGCAGGUGCUGAGCCUGGGACCAGAAGGACGGGAGGCAUCCUGAACAGGGCUGGGAGCCCCGGCUGAGGCAGUGAUGUUUUACUCAGGGCUUCUGACCGAGGGGGGCCGCAAGGAGGCCGACAUGCGAGAGGCAGCUUCACUGAGGCAGCAGCGCCGGGUGAAGCAGGCUGUGCAGUUCAUCCACAAAGACUCGGCUGACCUGCUGCCCCUCGAUGGACUCAAGAAGCUGGGCUCCUCCAAGGACACGCAACCUCACAACAUCCUACAAAGACGCCUCAUGGAGACCAACCUUUCCAAGCUCCGCAACAGCCGGGUCCCUUGGGCCCCCAAGGCCAACAGAUUCAAUCAGGCCAAGUCUGAGGGGCUGAAGAAGGCUGAGGAAGGGGACAUGAUCCUGGUUUCCUGCCAGUGCGCUGGAAAGGACUUGAAAGCUUUGGUUGACACUGGCUGUCAACAUAAUCUCAUCUCCUCUGCCUGUGUGGACAGACUAGGGCUAAAGGAUCAUGUUAAAUCCCACAAACAUGAUGGGGAAAAGCUCUCCCUGCCCCGGCAUCUCAAAGUGGUGGGACAGAUUGAACACCUUGCACUUACCUUGGGAUCCCUACGCCUGGACUGCCCAGCAGCUGUGGUUGAGGACAAUGAGAAAAAUCUUACUCUUGGGCUCCAGACUCUGCGGUCCUUAAAGUGUAUCAUAAACCUGGACAAGCAGCGUCUCAUCAUGGGGAAGGUAGAGAAGGAAGAGAUCCCCUUUGUGGAGACUGUGUCUGGGAGUGAAGAUAACACGUCAGAGGCAUAACUAAAGAGUGAGAUAUGUGCGUGAAUGAAUUUACACUCACACACACUCAUACACAUACAAGCCACAUGUACCCCCAAGCUAACAGCUCAGGAAAGCUGUCAGGCUUGGCCCAGAUGCAAAACAGGUCCCUGCUGCCUGGACCACAUCCUUCCCUCUGUGGGAGGCUCCAUCAGUCCUUUCCCUCUGGGCCUCUCUCAACUGUAGCCUGUGCUUAGAGUUCCUGUCUGGUUUUAUCUAUGGUUUUUAUACGUCUGAUUAUGUGUUUAAUGGACCUUUGACACUGCCCUAUCCUAGUUGCUGGAGGGUGUCCCCCACAGCUCACUCUUUUCUAGGAAUUUGCUUUCUCUAGCCAUGUGUAGAGACUGCCAGGAGUUGGCCCUUAGAGCUACUUCCUUGUUUUCCAGUGAACAAAUCAGCAGGAAACAGGUACUGACUCACUGGCUUGAUCACAGAAAGCCAUACCAUAGAUUCAUCAAGUUUUCUUCACUCAUCUCACAGGAUUUAGAUCUGGAAAGGGUCUUACACAUCAUUUCAUCUAGCCCACUCCUUUUACAAUUGAGGAAAGGAAGGCGUGGAAUUUAGUGAUCUGCUCAAGGUCACGUAGCAAGGCAGUGAGAGAGACUCAGAUCUCCUGCCUCCUAAUCUGACCCAGUUUUCACUCCUUCAUUCUGCCCCUUCUGUGGAAGGAGCUGUAAGGUGGGAGUGAUAGAGUCAGGGAGACAGCAAGAGAAAUAAAAAAGGAGAAAAAGAAAGUACAGGCGUAAAGGCACCAGGAUGGGGGGGGUGCCAUGAGGAGCCAAGGGGUGCCUCUGGAUGUCUAGAAUCAUUCACUCCUUUUGGGUAAAGAAUGGAGGAUUCUGGUUAAAAUAGUAACAUAGGUUUUCUUGGACAAGUCACUUCCACUCCAUUUCCUCACCUGUAAAAUAAGGAGAUUGGACUAGAUGUGUCAGUCCCCUGCAUCUCUGACAUUCCGUGGGGAGCUGGGGAGAUGGUGAGAGUCUGAUACUAAGGUUUUUUUUUUAUAUUGGAGUAUCAGAGUAGAUGUUAAUGCUGCAGAUCAAUCAAGCUAUUACCCUAUAAGAAGUUAGAUCAUGAUAAUCCUAAUGGAAUUUCCAUAAGAAAUUCCACAGCUCUAUGACCAUUCUUUAGCAGAGAUUCACAAACCUUUUAUCCAUUCACUGCCAGUGUCUCCACACCUCAUAGCAGAUGGCAAAAUAAGAGAGAGGAGGCUAAUUCAUCCUGUCCAUCUACUCCAUUAAUUCUCAAAAGAACCCACAGUUUGAUCCUCCUUGUUACUCUUAGUUGGGAACAUGUGGGAAUAGUCCUGCGGCCACACUGUCCCUGUUUUGCUUCACAGGUUUAUUCACAGGAUGUCUCCCUUCCAGCCUCUCCCCAGUCAGCUAAAAGGUAGGCUCAGGCAGUCCAAACUGAGCUCUGUGGGGCUCUGAAGCCUUUGGCUUUUCCACUUUGAUUAUUCCCCUCUUGCCCCAGCCUAAGGUAUUCCAUAACAGGGACUAUGCCUCUCUCCAGUUCAGCCUAGCUCCUCUUCAAGUUUCCUGCCUCUCCCUGUCCCAUCUAAUCCCCCUUCUCUGGCCCUUCCUGGCCUUCUCUCAGAAAUGGAUUACCCUGCUCACCAGGGCACAAACCAUACCUGCUCAUGAUACUUAGAAUGAACUGACUCUCCUUCCCGUCCUUUAUUAUAACAUCCAGCCACUCCAUUUCAUCUCUCCGACUCCUCACAAAAUCUGACUGUAGCCCACCAGCAAGCUGUUGCCAUGAUAUAUUAGUCUGGCUUCCCCAUGUUUGAAGAUGCUGCCACUGGGGACCAUGAAAGCCAAGGAACCUUCUUCCCUCAGUAUUAGUUAAAGAUCAAGGAAGGCACGUUUUUCUAGACUUCUGAAAUGCAGGCCUCCAGGAACAGGGAAAUGAACUAGAUGACCUCUAAGGAAUCUUCUAGUGCCUAAGGGUUUCCAGGUUUAGAAGAGCAAUGAUUGGAGGAUCUAAGCUGUGACAUCACUGCCUCACCCAAUGUGCUUUUUGGUCAAGCCUAAAUCAGAUUCCAGAACCAAAUAGUUAAGACUUCACUUAGCAAGCUGUGCUUGUCAAAGGCAUCUUGGGAAUGUUUGAAACCCCUGGGGGUGGGGUGGGGAUGGGCAGAUUCUAAGGUCUCAUUAGCUUUCUUUAAAUGUCUCCAUAUUUUUUAACUGGGAAACCUCCUCUGUGGUCUCCUGUACUCUGAGGGUUGGGACUACAAGCUUUCUGAGGAGCUGAGACAGCCCUCUACUGGGCAUCAGAUUCAUGCCUGGCAAGAGGGCCAUGGCAGGUUUCUCCUUAGUAACUGGAACCCAUGUUAAAUGAGAGAUGGGUUUCUGAUAGGAAGCUUGAAAAAUAUCUGUUUUUAGAACUUAGUAUUUCUAUGCCUAAUGCACUUGAUGAGUGGGUAUUUUCUGAUGUUUUCUAUUUCUCUGCCUUUAACUAGUCCUUCCCAUAGAUAUUUCUAGCCCCCAGGUCCAAGUCUCCUUGGCGGGGAUAGCUUGGCAACAGCCUGCCCUCCUGUAGGUGAAAUCUUCUUUCUGGGCUCAAAGUGAUGAGAGACAGGAUAAAGUCCCUCUCUGCCUCCCCCUUUGGGCCCCUCUGUUGGCACUUUCUUCUUACAGUGUUUCUAGCCAUGUCUGAUUUGUCUGUGAGACUAAUGCACCAAUAAAGAAAAACCUCAUCUCAA